GCAGUGCGCGGCGGCGGGCGCGGAGCGCGGUGGGCGCCGAGGGAGCAGCGGGAGCGGCGGGAGCGCUCCCACCGGCACCGCGGGCACCGGCACCGCCUGCAGCCGCUGGAGGAUCGGCCGCCCCCGGGCCGCCCCCCGGGAUGCGGCGCUGCUGCGGCCGCCCCCCCCGCCGGGCUCGGCGCGCCCCCGGGCUGAGCCCGCGGCGCCGCCCGCGGGGCCUGUAGGGCCGGGGCGGCGGCGGCCCCGGGAGCCGCGGCGGCCGCCGGCAGUGGAUGGGCGCCGCGGCGGGGCGGACGAGCCCGAGCCGCCGCGAUGGCUCAGGAGAAGAUGGAGCUGGACCUGGAGCUGCCGCCGGGGAGCGCCGCGGCCCCGGGCGACGGCGGCGGCCUGAGGCGGUCGAACAGCGCCCCGCUCAUCCACGGGCUCAGUGACAACUCCCAGGUGUUUCAGCCUUACGUGUUGCGGACUCGCAGGAACAGCACAACAGUUAUGAGCCGCCAUGGAAUGUUUUUGUCAUCAUCUCCUAUUCGUAUUCCUAGCAGCCGACUUCAUCAGAUCAGAAGGGAGGAAGGAGUGGAUUUAAUGAACAGAGAAGCAGCACAUGAAAGGGAAGUGCAGACAGCAAUGCAGAUAAGCCAGUCAUGGGAGGAAAGCUUGAGCCUGAGCGACAAUGACUUGGACAAGUCUGAGAAAUCUUUUUCCCCAAAGAGAAUAGACUUCGUUCCAGUUUCACCUGCACCUUCACCUACAAGAGGAAUAGGAAAGCAAUGUUUUUCACCAUCAUUGCAGAUGUUUGUGAGCAGUAAUGGAUUACCCCCAAGCCCUAUUCCCAGUCCAACAAGGCGAUUCUGCAACAGGAGGAGUCAAAGUCCAAUCAACUGUAUCAGGCCCAGUGUUCUUGGCCCCAUUAAAAGAAAAGGUGAAAUGGAAACUGAAAGUCAGCCAAAGAGACUUUUCCAAGGAACAACCAACAUGCUUUCUCCAGAUGUUACACAUCUGACAGAUCUCAGUUCAUGCCUGUCCUCGGAUAUUCUCGACGGGAGCAGCAGCAGCGUUGGCUCUUCCUCUGAUUCCCUGACUAAAGGCAGCAUCACCACGGAGUCUCCAGUGACGUGCUCCAACUCCUGCUCCUCCUUCAUUCUGAUGGAUGACUUCUCACCCAAGUGACUUUACCAAGUCCUGAGUCAGUGUCUGGCUGUGCUGUCCCCUUCCUGUACACUCGUACAGAGAAAUGAACUCUGAUCCUUGAACCAUUCGUAUGAGGUUUAUUAAAAGGAAAAAUUGUUGUUACUGUAA